UUCCGAUCCUUUGGAGAGAGUUGAAGAAUGAUGCGCCACCUAGUGUCGUGGUGAAUGGCGGUUGUGCUGCACGGCUACCAGGGCCUAGAGUUUACUGGCCUGCAAGUGUUGUUACAGUGAUGUUGCUGGGCGGACAGGACUUCUUCCGCUCGGGCAUUUCACGGGAUGAGUAUCUGAACAAUACUCUUCAAUGUGUGGGCGAUACGAACCAGACCACUGCUUUCUUGUUUGUGCCUGAAAUGAAACACAUGCCGCAGGAAGAGGUGAUGCGGGCUUCGCUGCGACAUCUUGUUCUGGCAGCCUUGGCGUGGAAGAAGGUACCUGAGAGAUUCCCUGCAGACCAUUUGGACAGAGCUGCAGAGGCUUUGCUGCAUCAGGGUUUUGCGAACGAAUUGUUCUACAAGUCUGGUGGUGGCUGGUGCCAGAAGACCUUUGGCAGGAUGCCGCUGGACCGGCAACCACCACCUUUGUCACCCAGAAUACCGAGGCCGCCAGGCGACCCAUGCCCACCCCAUACAGCAGUUUCGGUAUUGCCAGCAAAAGUUGCAGUAGGCGAUAGCAAAGCAGGUUGGUCAGGCGAUCUUAGCAGCGAUGGCGUGAGAGGCCAUGAAAGUUUGGCGGCGGAAGCUCGCCGGUUGUCUCGUGAGCCAGGCAUCGACCCAGGGUAUCAGAUGCUCUUGUUGGAGUUUGCGAAUGGGCAAGACGCAGAGGCUUGGGCUGCAGAGGAUGAUCGCAUCAUGAGAGAGCUGAAGGCCCAAGUGAAGGAGAAGGAAAGACGUGCUUGCGAAUCACGUGAUGCUCGGGCUUGCCCAGCUUACGCUGACAAGGGUGUCUUGGGUGCUUAUUCGGCUCCGGCACCGCAACUGCGGCUAGCAAGGCAAGUUCAAGCUGCUCCAGCUGCACCCAGAUCCUUUGCGUCGCAGCCGUUGCAGCCCUACGGCCCCUGCGGCCCCUGCGGCCCCUGCGGCCCCUGCGGUCCCUGUGGUCAAUUCCAGCCGGUCCCUCAUCGAGGCCAAGCAGGCGUGGCGGUGCCAUCUUGGGCACACAUGCCCCAGCCUUGCAUGCAAAGGAGCUUUCCAUCAUCGCUUCCACGAUACCGCUAGCUGGC